CGAUACUGUGCGCUCGCGUCUUUUCGGGACGGGUGCGCGCACGUCGCUGUCACCAGAGUUGGUUGUAGGAAAUGCGGACACGGCGAGAUGUCAGCAGGGCCGUGUUUAUCUCUUCCAGCGAUGUGGCCCAAUUCAUACUUCAGGGAGGUUUCUUGAAUUUCUCAAACGCACCGCACAUGUACACUCAAUGCUAACACUGAUACGGAUCUGUUUGCGCGUGGGUGAGUGGGAACUCAGUGUGAAGCGGCAGUGUUUAGCUAACACCGUUAGCCCUUCAACACACCACCCUCCACACAUAGACCUCUAAUCGCACUUUUAGGUUUAGCAUUAAAACUUUUCUGUCGGCCCAGUGGCUUAUCAACGGCCUGCCUUCCUCGCGCCUUACCUCCGUUCAUCAUCGGCUGCGGCGGCGGGGGGGUCACGGUAACCGGUGUGGACAGGAGCCCCCCCGGAACGGACGGACAGAUUCCACAGCUGCGGCUGGAUCUUUGAGGAGACUAUGGCUGAAAUCUCCACCUUCACCCCCUCCUCUCCCAGUAUGGCUGACCAAUCAGUGCCUGCUCCCUCCAGCCCACAGCCUCUCCCUUCAGAAACUCCCAUCCCAAAAUCAUCUCUCUACGGGGACCGAGCCGUAAUGGGAAACCCAACAUUACAGGCAGGUGUAAUAAACUCUUCAUCUUGGGAGACCACACCUGGCCAAAACAAUUCAGCUGCCUCUUCAACAGCAACAAAGAGCGCCGUUGGUCCGCCAGUAGAGGUACUAGCUGCUACAGAUGGGGCGUCUAAUGGGAAAAACGAUUUAAUUGGCCAAACGGAGCAGCACAUUGAAGCACAAGGCUCAGAGCAGGAACAGCAGAUGCCACCGUCGCCUGAACUUAAUCCCAGUCCUAAUCUGUAUCCCAUCGUUCAAGUCAGCCGGAAUUCCAGUCCUGCUCCCCCCAUAGACCUUCCUCCUCAGUUUACCCCUCCUCCUAUUCCCGUCUCCAACCCGGCCCCCUCUUCACAAGACUCCAGGCAAACAGAAGCACAAACAGUCCCACAGCAGGAGCCCACCCAAAAUCCCGAACCCAACACUCCCAGCACCGGCAGGAUGACCCCUGAGCCCCCCUCCACACCCUCCAAGGCUGAACCCCCAGCUGUACUGGUGGAGGAGUCUGGGCCCUUGUUUCUGCCCUCCACUUACACACGUCCGGCUCCGGACACGCUCAGCUACCUGGAGUCGGCCAGCCUGAUGUCAGGCACUCUGGAGUCUCUGUCAGGGCUCGGCGAAGACGGCAGCUCGCUGGGGUCAGACUCGGAGAUCAACGGCCCAGUGAGGCGUACUGAUAAGUAUGGCUUCCUGGGUGGAGCGCAGUACAGUGAAGGAAGAGUCGGAGUGAUGGCUGAAUUUAAUGAGGCGGAAAUCGCUGUGGCCGUGGCGAGACAGAGAGAAAUGAAAUGGCUGGACAUGUUCAGAAACUGGGACAAAUGGGUAUCACGACGCUUUCAAAAGGUAAAAAUGCGCUGCAGGAAAGGAAUCCCUUCCUCACUCAGAGCUAAAGCCUGGCAGCUGCUCUCCAACAGCCAGGAGCUCCUCGAGUCCAAUCCUGGAAAGUUUGAGGAGUUGGAGCAAGAGCCAGGAGAUCCAAAGUGGUUGGACAUCAUAGAGAAGGACUUGCACAGGCAGUUCCCGUUUCAUGAGAUGUUUGCUGCUCGGGGAGGACAUGGGCAGCAGGACCUGUACCGUAUACUGAAGGCCUACACAAUCUACCGGCCGGAUGAGGGCUACUGUCAGGCCCAGGCCCCAGUGGCAGCAGUGCUGCUCAUGCACAUGCCUGCUGAGCAAGCCUUCUGGUGUCUUGUGCAAAUCUGUGAGAAAUUUUUGCCUGGCUACUACAGUGCUGGGCUGGAGGCUAUUCAGCUGGACGGAGAGAUUUUUUUCUCUCUUCUGAGGAGAGUGUGUCCCAUGGCUUACCGUCACCUGAAGAAAUUUAAGAUUGACCCCAUCCUGUACAUGACAGAGUGGUUUAUGUGUAUUUUCUCUCGUACGCUGCCUUGGUCUUGUGUCCUGCGUGUCUGGGACAUGUUCUUCUGUGAAGGAGUGAAGAUUGUGUUCCGGGUAGGGUUGGUGCUACUUAAGCAGAUGCUGGGGUCUGUGGAUAAGCUCCGUGAGGUGCAGGGCAUGUACGAGACCAUGGAGCGACUAAGGAACAUCCCCCCUGAAAGCAUCAAGGAGGAAGUUCUGGUGCAAGAGGUGGUCUCUCUGUCUGUGACAGAGGCCCUGAUCGAGAGGGAGUGCAGUAUUCAGGUGCGUAAGUGGAGGGAAUCUCGUGGCGAGUUGACUCACCAACCGAUUCGCCGUUUGCACGGCACACGUGCCAUCUACGAGCAGAAACACCGGGCUGCUGCGAUCAGCUCUGGCGGCAGCCUGUCAUUCCUGGGUGGUCAUGUCCCUCCCCCUGGACCCUUGCGUGCGUCAUCAAGCCUCCUGUCACUUCCUGGUCUUAGAAAGUCCAAGAUGCCAUUUCAUACACAGAAUAAGAAGAGCUCCACCUCUAGCAGCUUGGGCCAGGAUAUCGUCCCACUGCAGCCACUUGGGGGUGGUGCCAGUGCAGUAGCCUCAAAACCUCCAGUGCCACCUGCUUCUAAUGCUGGAGCCGGUGGGCGUCCACCGGCACCACAUGGGCCCAGUCCGCUAGCUACAACAUCUACUACAACGCCGCCGGCUCCAACCGCACACGCUUCCAGUGCAAACAUGCUCCAACCAUCGCCUAAAGUUGUCUCUGAACACAUCACCCCCACCAUCCCAUCACCCACUGCAAACAACGCACCAUUACCUCCUUGCCCAGAAACUGCAAAAACAGCAGUAGAGGAAGACGGGAAAAAGAAAAAGAAAACCAAGGAGGACAAGAAGCGGGAGAAAGAGGAGGAGAAGCAAAAAUCACGGGAGAAGAAAGAUAAGGAGAAGAAUGAGAAGGAAAGACUGAAGAAGGAGAAGGAGAAAGCUGAGAAGGAGAAGAAAAAGGAGAAGGGGGGUAAGAAAAAAGACAAAGGGGGAGGAGGAGAGACGGAAGAGAAGAAUGGAGCUGCAGCGGCGAAAGAUUUGGCCUAAUUCUGCCCCGUCGUUCCUUCAACAAGAAGAGGACAAGGUAUCAACUGGUGCAGACUGGUGAAAAGAGACAGAGAGGGAAAGCGAACUAUCUCCUGUAACGUCUAUUUCAUCUCAAGUACUCAUUUCACAAGAGUAAUUGGAUCACUGCAUCUGCCCCACGUCUCUCAUCUCAUCUGCACAGUACUUUCACCCGAUGCUGCAACAGGAAGCGGUUAUUACUCUACUUUUUAUUUUUGUUUGAAGGAGGAUACCUGAUUGAUGAGAUCAGCUGUAUAAUUAGUAGUCAAUUCUAGUGUACUGGGUGCCAUGGUGUACAUACAGUAGACCUCUAGCGCCAUCUGUGCCAGUCCAACCCCUCUGUCCGUCACCCGAGAGGUGUCUCAACCAGAAUACCUGAAUAAAACAUUUCCGCAGCGUGAAAAGCGCGGCAGUGUCUAGUAAUAACUUAUGUUUUUAGUCUUCUGGAGGGCCUAUUUAUUCAUCGUACUGUUGCUUGUUAGUGUGUGUUCUUGUAUGUCUGUGCCUUGGCAGUGUAGUGAAUCGUGUCAGUCUCGUGCAGCACACGGGUCUUGUCUUUCUUCUCUCUUUUCAGCCUCUUUAAAAAGAGCUCGUCUUUCCUGUUGUGCACUCGUAUGAGGAAUUAAUAAGUGUUGGGGGAGUGGAGAAGCAAAAUUGAACUGGGAGAAAAGUUUGUUCUUUUUCAAAACUGUGGAAAGAGCCACUUUUAACUAUUUAAAAAAAAGUUUGAAUAUCCAAAUUAACAGAAUUACUAAGAGGAAAUCAAAACUGUUCUCGAUGAGUGUACUUGUCUAUUUCGGCUCAUAGACUGCAAACAUGUUAGAUCUUAAUCCAUCGUUACAUCAGCCUCACCAAAUAUUUCCUCUUGCCGCAGAAGAGCUUAUUUAUUUCUUUUUUCUUCUUCUUUUGAACAAAUUGCAUCACAUAAACUGCAGUAAACGUUAAAAAUUCUGCCAAGCGUGUAGAUCACUCCAGAUAUCUGUGUGGUUUGAUGUUAAUUAUCUUGAUGUUCAGACUACGAUUUUAAUAAAUUUAUGCACUGAGGACUGUUGAUUUUCAGCACUAACUUUGAUGUGUUCAUUAAUGUAGGACACUCUCUAAUCCGGUUCACAUGACUCCUUUAGACUGCGCCUUGUUGGAUGGGAAGGGUUUGGUGCAGCACUGUAGCAUUAACCUUUGACCUUUGAAGUUCUUGGCUUCAGGCUGUAAUGUUUUGAUGUAUAAACUAUUAAUUUAAUCAGAAAUGAAACCAUGUAAUAUCUAUUACAGCUAUUGUUAGUCUUAUUUUGGAUUAGAUUUUUUAUUUUUCUAUGCAAGUAUAUGGAGGCCUGGUUGACUGGAAUGGUAGUGAGCUUUGUUUUAGGAGAGUGUUGUAUUUAAUCACAGGAUUUAUUUUUCUUUUAUUUUUAAGAGCUGAAAAUUAUUUUUGCACAUUUUUCUCCCAACAUCCUGGAGAACAAAACCAAGCAGUUGUUAUUUAUUUUAUAAUCACCAGCUUGUCUAAUAUUACUGCAGUAUUUGUGUUAUGGGAGAUGGUGAUUUCAUACUGAUUAUUAUUUCAUUUUUAUCUUUUUUUUUAUUUUUAUUAUUAUUAUUAUUAUGUCCCACUGAAGGGGGAAAUGAUCCCAAAGAGUUGUGAAAGAAAAGGAAUGGAUCAAUAAAAUGUGUGCUAGGCAUUUCUGUGGUAAUUACAUGUUAAAUAGCAUCCUUGACAAAGCUUUCACCCUAAAAGUGUUACUCUUGAUGUGAAGCGAACACUGACGAAUUGAACCCCACCGUAAUCCACUGACCCCUCAGUAUUAUGAAUUAUUCUGAUACAUUCACCAGGUGAUUGGACCAUACUUAGGCUUUUAGGACUCUUACUCAGUAUAUUAGUAUUUUCUGUCAAGACAGAAGAGACCUGAAGUGGUUUCUGGGUUGCAAUAUGGUAGCCAAAUACUCUGUCCAUGUUUUAAUGGUGUCUCCUGUGUUUACUGGACUUAUUGCAUUGUUCAGUUCCAACUGCAGGGGAUCAAACCCCCUCCUCACCUAUCAGUGGUGCCCUUACUGACCUCAGUGGUCAUUGCUUCCUAUAAAGGCACUACUGUUUAAAUGAAAAGCAAGCAAAUUAUGUCUAUGCAAACUUUGUUCCUAACUGUCUGCACAAUGUAGAUGUUGACAUUUAUGGUGUGGCCACCUGGGGCCUCAGACUACCUUCAUUGUUAACAUGAGCACUGGAUCUGCUGAAGGUAUAGUGAAGUGGGAUGUCCAUGGCCUGUUACAUUCAGAUCACCUGGGUGAUCUAGAUUAAGGUGUUUUAUUAUUCUAAAGAAGUUCUAAGCACUGGCAUAAACCUGGUUGUGCACCAGUCAGGCCACCUUCACUAACGCCAUCUUGUCUGUAUUGCCAACCAAAGGUACGACAGGUGGACUUAAAAUGGUUUGGACGCUGUGCUCACCAAUAAUUAAUGUAAGGCCACCCAGUGUUGGUUUACUAACACUCUGAGACAGCUGGGACUGGGUGUAAAGUAGUUUGACUUGUCUUAUGGAGCUGCAUUGGUUAAUAUGACCCAGUGUAUGUUGUAGGAUUGUUGUAAAAUUAAUUUUAAAUCAUUUUAAUUUUCGUUUUAGUGUUUUGUUUUGGUUAGUACUCUCAUUCUGUCUUUUGUAUGUCUCAUACUUGUUCUUAAGUUUACAUUGAACCAUUUACAGUUGAGAAUGAAAUAAAUUCAUAGAUGAAGACAUGUUUUAAAACUGCAGAAGAGGAAGUUCACAGUGUAUUUAAUAAUUACAGGUGUGACGAAUAAUAAAUCAUAAUAUAUUAAAAUCUC